UUCGCGAUUUCAUAAGCAGCGUCUUGUGGCAUGGUUCUGCUAAACAUCACAUAGUUUCCUACUUGCGCGAGCGUACGAUCUCCCAUACGCGAUGCAGUGGGAUGGCCUAAAUAUUCGAAAUUCAUCACGCCUAGAUACGGCACUAGCGAUACUGUGAACAAACAUCGAGAGUGCGGCACUCCGCGCCAGUUGCCGCUCUCUCUAGAUGCCGGAGACGCACACUGUGAAAUCUGAGCUGUGUUCACGACGUGGACCCGACCUGAUCAUCAUUCUGCACCUUACCGCUGUGCCAGGGUAACCAGAUGUGUGCGCUUUGCGAGGAUCUUGUUUUGGACGAUAAGCGCUAACAAGGACCGCUGUCGACGAUCGUCGGAGUGCCGCACAUGAUGCGUCAGCUGAAGGUUGGCGACACCUUCGACUCGUUCGUCGAGUGGAAGAGUGCGCUGGAGGAGUUCUGCAAGGCGACCGACCAGGGCUUUAAGGUGUACGCCUCCAAAUCGGUCAGGAGCUACAACAAGAAACUCGAGCAGAGCCGGCUCAAGUGCAAGACCAAGCUGCCGGCCGUGGACGAGAAAUGGCAGUUCACAUACGUCCACUACUGCUGUGUCCUGUCUCGCGGAAAGAGCAAGGCGCGCGACGAUCCUAACGGAAAGAUAGCAUACAAGAAGUGCAAUGCAGCUGUCGGUAUCAAGUAUGACAAGCAGUCGGACAAGCUGGUGCUCAUCAAGGUUAACUUGGAGCACGAUCACACGGACCCAGUUCCCGACACCAAUGCAGUCGACAGCACCAACGACCUUUCACAGGAGGGCCUCACGGCACUGCAAGACUCCAGUCUUGUUGAACUGGAGGCCGACGGUAAUGGGGAUGCCCAGAUCGAAGCUGACGGCGAACACGGAGGCGAGCCGGAGUCUAGCUCGAGCGAGGAAAGUGACGACGACGAGGACGGCAUGGACCCGCUGCACACGGGCGUGGGUGAAGAGUUCCGGGCACUCAGUGUUCGCCAUGCCCGGCAGUUACAGCUUACCCUGGGUGGCGCCAGUGGAAAUGGUGCAGCCACGGACAGUUCGCUGCGUGAGGCCUCCGAGAUUGCGUCGCUGCUGCGUGAACUCGAGAAGUUGGAGGAAUCUGAUGCCGAUGCUGCGGUCUCCGUCAUUGUUGGUGCCGGCGACGCGGUGACAGCCGUGUUUUUCCAGACGGGUGCUAUGCGGCGAUCGCUGCGCCAGUUCCCCGAGCUGCUGCUCUUCGACAGUGGCUACACGUUUGCCGCCAUGGUGACGGGGCCAGGGGGACGGCCCCGGUUCUCGCUCGCCUCCUGGAGCGGCCACGAUGCGGCCGGCCUGGGCUGCCCGUUUGCCUUUGCGCUCGUCAUGCGGCCUGUGCGGCUUGUUGUCGGUCUUUUGAUGAGUGUGUUCACACAGGCCAACCCCGUAGCCUCCCAGGUGCGGCUGCUGCUGCUGGGCAAAGAGCAGCUCAAGCUACAGGGCCUGCGGAACUUCUUCGACCAGGCAAGCACCACGCUGCUGUGUCACUACCAUGUCAUUCGCUCAUUGCUGAAUAAGAUGGACCAGCUGAAAAUGCCACCGGCCGAGCAGGAACGGGUAUGCCGGACGCUGCGUGCCAUGUUGGCCUGCCUGCACGAGCGUACCUACAUGGACAACCUGCGACGACUGCUGACGGCAAAGGGACGCUUUUCGAACCACUUCCAGCACGUGUGGCACGAACAAAGGGAGCUCUGGGCCGGCUUUCGCCGGUCAGGCCUCGUGCCCUGGUGUGCAGGGGUCAACGACCGCGUCGAGGCGCUCGUCCAGUUCCAGCAGGCGGUGUGCAACCAGUCUCGCAGCCUGUGCGAGGCCGUGUGCAACCUGGCUUACGGGGCGCACGGCGUACUUGCCCAGACCACCACCGAGGCCAUGCUGGACGAGAUCCGAGAAUACCACGUCCAACUGCUCGACUAUGAAGCACACCUCGUCGCCGCCUGCUGCGACUACGCGGCCGUCCACGUGCUGGUGCAGCUACGCAUCUCGCGCUCACACAAGUUUUCGGUGCUUGCCUCGGGUUCGCACCUCGUGGUCAACUCCAUCGCAGGCAAGGGCACGAUGCCCCUGGGGAGCUUCGCCUGCGACUGCACCUUCCGCCAGACUUACCGGCUACCCUGUGCACAUGCCUUUGUUGUGGCACAUGCCCGCAACAUAGAGAUACCGCUCGACGAAGUGGCGCAACGGUGGAGAAGGUGCGGCCCAUUCCCGAUUGACCUGACUGCAGGCGGCACUGGUGGUGCCAGCGGAGAGGACAACGAAGGGUGGGCUGGCGAAGGACAGCGCGAAUACCAGGAGCGCAUGUCCCGCGCCCGUGACCUUUCGGAGGCGCUGUGCUCUGUGGCAGCGCACAGUGCUGCCGACGGCUGGGAUCACAUGCAGGCAGUACUCAUGCAACUAUACCGCACAUGGGCUCGGAACCCGGCAGCACGCAUCACGCUCGCACUUGAGGAUGGCACACCGCUGCCCAUCAGCCCAACACCACCACCUCCUGAAAGCACUGCCACAACACAACACACAGCCAUGCCCUGCGGUGGUGUUGGUGCCAAGGGCCAGCCAAUAGUUCCAAAGGACGAGCUGCUCGAUGCCAUGGACGACUACGAGUUGGCUCAGAAGGACACCAGCAACAUGGCCUCCGGCCUGGAGGACAACCACCAUGCUGCAAUGCUUUCGGACGAUGACGCAGACAUGCCACGUGACAGUGUCAAGAGCAACGUGUUUGCCGGCACGACCCAGUUGGAGAAGACCGAGCCCCCCUGCUCCCCCGGCGGGCUUCUCAAUGUGUCCAGUGCACACCACCACCAUCACCACCACCACCAUCAUCAUCAUCAGGGGGGUGGAGAGGGUGGCGACGGCGUCACGUCGUCCGGCCUGGGCAACAUCAAGAUGCCCGACGACGCUGUGUUCGGUUUUUCGGGGGGCAUCUUCAAGGACGGGGCAGCCGAGGCGGCCGGCAAUGGCACCGAGCGCCACCACCAGCACUGUGUCGUCUCCACGGUGGCAGGAACGACCACGUCUACAACCAGUGCACCCGUAUGUGAGGAGGCCAAGCUGUCGGCCGAAGAAGAGGUGUACCGGCUGCACUCCGGGGACCUGUCGUGCUUCACUGCCAGCAUUGGUGGGGGCAACGAGGGAGCACCAGCCACCGGGGAGCAGCUGGGAGACCUGUUUGGUUACGGCUCCGACUUCGCUAAGGGCCUUCAGGCCGAAGGUCGGGACAGCCCUGUGUUGCUCAGCAUCAAGGAUGAUGAGCUCAGUGAGGGUUCCAAGGAGGUGGCACGCAUAAAAUGGGACAAUGAGGAGAGCUACAAGCUUCUGGACAGCAUCAUGGAAGCCGACGCCUCGGAGAAGCUCGACUGCGUGGCUGACGAAAUGAUGGCUACUGACCCAACUGGGCAACAGCUGCAAGCUAGCAUGGAGAGUGCAGCACGCAGUCUCCUCGAAGACAUUAAAGCCAGCUCCGAGGCACCACCGCAAUGACUCUAGGGCAUCCAGCUGGAUCUCGCCAAAUCGUGCUCAGUUGUCUGACUCUGACUGCCUCACCUGGUCGCACCGUGCUUGUUGCUACAAGAACUGAAAAACUUGAACCCAGUGCACCGCAGUUUUACUCCGUCGGGUGCUUUGUGGCAGCCUUCCCUUGCACACACGAUUUGGGAAGCAGAGUUGGGAGGGAGUUCAGUCACCACUGAAGAGGUGACGGCCAUGUGCGUUCUUUGACCGAGUUAUCAUGUGUGCAGCACACCCCGAGUUGUUCCGUGUGAUUGUCCCUAGAUUUUGGCAAAAGAGCACUGAAUUGCCAAAGUGUUCUCCCACCUUGGUACCUACUUCACCUUCUUGUCAGCUGACAUUCAUCAACCUUAAUUUCAUAGUGUAACACAUGUGCACCCAUUGCCUACUUGGAUCUGCUGCUCCUGUGGCUGUCAAUUCCUCUGACUGUGUUUCACUUCUUUCCUAUGAGCAACGAUGCAUUGCCAAAGCUGCUGCAUUGUCAUGUACAUUGUACAUGAAUGAGCUUCUCUCAGUUGUGAGGUGUUUCAGAGCCAGCUCAAGCAAUUUAACCAGCCUGACAAAGUGAUGGCAGAGUCACUGCUCCUUUGGCAGCACACUUGGUAGAUCAUAGCAUUGCCAUGCUUUGUGUCUCCACCUUAUUGUGGAGCACUGACACAUUUCAUUUGUUUGUGUGCUUUAUUUUGACGCACCGCCUCGCUGUAAAACAGGAACACAUCAUAACGUUUUGUGCUGUGUGCCCAAAUUUUUGUUUAGAACAAAAUUUGGUUGUUAUAAAUUUCGUACUAUGCGCGUUAAGUGCAGUUCCCUCAGACUCUCACAUUUAAGUUUGGCGAAUUCGGGCCCAGGUACGGUGCGGUCACGUUUAGUGUGCGUCAUUGAUAUUUGCAUCUUCUUAGUGAUUAUCUGGAACUGUGUACAACUCUACACGCAUCAUUUUUUAUGUGUGUCUCAUUUUUCCCGAAAAGACCACUUUAUUUCCGCAUCAAACUGCGCUUUCCUGGACUGUGUGUGGCGAACAUUGUGCAGCAUUGAAUUUCUGCUUCUCGUGCAGAUUGUAGCAGUGGCUAAUUUUAAGUGCUAGCUUUAAUUGCGAAGUUGUCAUGCCGUCGCAGCGCUAACCAGACCAUCAAUUCACGUCUGCGAUAUACCUUUUUGUUUCACUAUGCUAUUGCCUUUGCUGAAGUGUCACUCUGCUCUCAGAGAAGCACGAAUCACAGCUUUCGUGCAGUGUGGGCUCACUUGUUGGCACCUGUGCACGGUGACUUAGCCAUGUCGUGCCGUGUCAUGUCAGCUAGCCAUGUCAUACAUGUGAUUUGUUACACACAUGGUCGAGUUGUGGAUGGCAAUAGUUGUGUUUUCUUUUCUCUCAAAUUGUUUGUAGCAAUUCGGCCAGUUGUUCAUGAUGGGGUAAUCACUAAUGCUUGCUUGGCCUGAUGUUCGAAGAAGCAGCAGCACAGGCAUAUGUUAGGGCAAGCUAUGGCACACUGUCAUGAAAUCUUCGUAGCACAAAUUUUUCUUUGAAGUGUGAAUUUCGGGAGAAAAUAAUGCAAAUGUGUUGUCAAUAUGAGCACCUCUGCUGCUCCCAUGUGAAAUCGUCGUCUGAUGAUGUUUUAUGUCUCGUUUAUUACCAGUGCAGAUUUUUAAACUGUUAAUAAUAAAAAUGAAAAUUUUGUUAUUGCCCCGAGUCUUUUGAAGGGUAAUGCUGGGAAAUCCAGUAACGCUACCUCCAACUCACUUCGUGCUGCUUGCAAAAGAAAAAAAACAAAGUGUUUCACCCUCUGAAUCGCCAAAAUGUCAGUGUUUGCUUUAGCACGAUCUUCACAAUGGCUGUCACCUCAGAGCAGUCUUGAUCAUUAUUGCAUCUUUACUUAUUUACCCGCCCCCCCCUUUUUAAAACCUGUCAUAUCUAAGGGGCAUUUUCUGACAAUUUUCUCAAUGGCUGCAGUGUAGAACUCUAACCAUCUGCCACUGCAAUUGAAUGUAUUACAUGUUUGCAUUUGCUGUCUUUUCAGAGAAGAGCAGAAAGUGCUUUUGUUCUUACUGCUUUGAAGAUUUAGCGGAGUGCUUGCACCAGGAAGUUGUAUAGCAGUAGAAGCGCGAAUAAGGUAGGUCGUGUGGCCCCUUGCCCGGGUAUUGCAUUGUCCCCUUGAAGAUGGCUGACUUCAGGGGAUAUUUAUAGUACAGGGCUAUGUAGGCUGCUAGUUUUUAAAUUGGGUACAUUCGUGUAUGUUUUUAUUGCGCUGCGCAUGUGCCAGCUAGUGUGCCUCUUGCACGCCAAGUGAACGUGGGGGCAGUUGUCACUUUAGACACCAGUCUGCUUCACUCAAGCUGUGAGCGCAGUGAGUAGCCAUUGUCUCCAUCAGAAAGAGACUUCUGUUUCACUCACGCUUUGUGCUUGUAAGUGUUGGUAUCUACUUCAACUAUUUUUAGCUGUUGCGAGGUUACUUCACAUCAUUCCGUUGAGCAACUAUUCGAAUGCAAUCAUUCUUGCAUAAUGUACUUGCUGCAUUCACACCUGCAUUUAUGUUUUGUGAUUUGCGAAGACUAAAAAGUUAAGCAAUUAUCAUCAGGUCUUGAAUAUUUUUUUAUACAGCUUCCACUGAGAACAUAGCAUAUAUACAUGCCACAUUUUUUUUUGUACUGCCUUCUACGAAAAUUCAGCGAAGCUUAAAUGCUAAGCCGAAAUGCAGGUGAUAUGCGAAUGAUGCUUUGGUUUUUAGCUUCACAGCCAUGUGUUGAUGUGUCAAUUGAUUGUGGCUUUAUAGAGUGCGCUUUGUAAACCCAUGAUAACCAAACACAGAAACAUAAUUUUUCCUAAUUUUGCUUUCUCCAAAUUUUAAUGAGGCAUAUUUUCACAAUGUAGAUGAUGCACUCACUGUAUUGUUUCUUCAUUGUGGAGUUCCGGUAGCACAACCUGGUCAUGAUGCCAGGUUGUACACGUCGAAACAUGGCAGUCCCCGUGCUGUGUGUGCUGAUGCUGUUAUUUCCAGAUGGUGUUGUUCAUACUGUUCUUGAUUGUGUCCAAUACAUUGUGCUUUUGGUUAUGCUGGAAGGUGUUUUGAUUUUAAGAAUAUUGUAUUUUAACAAAUUGAGUUGUGAAACCUUCUACUUUUUACAGUGAAUGUGGUAUUCUUAUAGGUGUUCAUGAAUAGUGUUUUGGAUGGUUGGUUUGUCUUGUUAACAUGAGAAACUUGAGUAGGGACUGAUUUGAAUGCAUUCGCUUAAGGCAGAACUUCCAAAGGGCAGCGGUGCAGCUCACAGUUGAAUUUUUAGUGUAAAAAAACUGUUGUCACUAGAACUGAGUGUCCUUGCGAAAAAAUAACCAGGUCAUGCUUACAUUAAAAGCUAAACACAGCUCUUCAUCUACAGGGGCCAAUAGGAGGGAGAACAAUUACUGAUUGUGUGUUUUUAUUUCGCUUAUACUAUUAUAUUUAAUCAGUUCUGACAUGCACACGUGUUUAUUUGUGGUACAACAGUGCUUUUUUGUGAUGAAGUGCAACCUUACCCAUUCUGAGCAGGCCGUGGUAUGUUUGGACAGCAUACAUUAUAUGAAAACUGGCAAAAUAGGCAAACAGGGCUCAAGAAUUGCCAUGUCAGGUUCAUUUCCUACGCACUGAAGCAUUGAUUCAAAGUGUACAUACUUUUGUUUAAAGCAUACAUGUGGCAUUUGUACAUGUUGUUUGGUUUAAGGGUUCUACUGAAUAUUUUGUGGAGAUGUAUUCUAAUGGCAACAUGCAGCAUUUAGCAAAGCACAUGAGCUGCUUGCGUCUCAUCGUCCUGAUCUGCAGUGUACAGUCAUCUCUAUGUGUUGUGAUUUGAAACUGGCACGCUGUCUACAUGAAGCUUCACUGGUUGGCAUGUGAAGUGUGACACUGUACAUAUUGUAAUUCUCUUUAAUGACUCACAAGUGCAUCCUUCUCAAAGGGACCCAACAUCAGUAUCACAAUUGAAAUAGUUUUUAUCACUCUUUAUGUGCUGCUUUAAAAUUAGGUAUGUGUUAAUGAAAGAUAAGACAAUAUCAGUGAAUGCUAGAAAAAUUGGAAUCCUGUUCUUUCGACAAAUGUCAGAGCUAGCUGAUAGUGUAUUUUGACUUCUAGUAUAAUUGGAGGCAUAUAGACAUGUGCUUCUAAGAACACUGGCUUGGUGCUCUGCAAUUGAUAAUUUGCACUUGGGCUAAGUUUGGAAAACGACGCACACUGGCAGCAGCAGCCUCAUGAACACAGUGCCACACGCUAGUGAUUCCACUAUGCCAUAAGUUCUGGUCACUGUGGUAUAAUGCUUCGCUCGCUCUGCUGUUACGGCUUACUUGAGUGCUGCAAAUGGUUUUGUGGGAAUGUCUGUUCAUUCCGUCAUAAAGAAGCAAAUGCCGCGUAGCUACUGCUGACAGCAACCAGACGGUAUCUGUUGCUUUUGUGAUGGUGUUCACUAUCACAAAAAUACUGAUAGUGCGCUGAGCCUUUGCUGGUGGCACACGGUCGUUUGUCAUGGCUGUGUUGAGUGGAAUUUAGGUGACCCUUAUAUCGAGAUUGUACUGGUGAUAAAUAUUAGAUGUAUGCGGACUGUUUCCAGCUUGUCCUCAUAUGUGUCUCAUCUAACUCUGGCCAUGCUAGUUUUUAAAAGUGCAACAACAUAUGAUGAUGCGACUAAUGGAAUUUUGUAAGCUAUAGCUUUCCAUGUGUGGUUGUGUUUUUGGCACUUAGUUAUUUAUAAAUAAUUUGUUGAGUUAAUAAUUACUUACAUAAUUUGAGAAAUCUAGACGUCGAAUUCUGCAUCCCACUUCAAAGCGGCAGCAGCUCGUGCUUGCAUCGCAUCUUUCUUUACCUUUUACACCACAAAUUCUAAAUGUAGAAAAGUGUAAUUGGAAAGGGUGUAGAUGGCAUGUAAUCAGACACCUAAAUUUGUUAAAAUCUGAAGUAAUUUCGAAGUAAAGUAUAUAUCAUGAAAUCUACCAGUAUAUGUGAAGCUAUGAUGAACAAAACUUCAUUGGUCGCCUCAUUAUAUCUUGCUGUGCUUUUCUUUUUAGCUUGGCUCGAGUUAACUUUGGCACACUGUGUAAAAAAAAGAUGGCGCGCACACUUUCAUUAAGACGGCCAUAGUGGCUCAAUAUUCAAGCUUGAGUAUCUUGUUGGGACCUUUGUUCGCAGACAUUGAAAUGAGACAACAUGCCAUGUGUACCAGCACAAUCGCAAGGGCUGCAAACGGGCUUUGCUGUCAAAAUAAUAUGUAUGUGCCAGUACUCACCGAUAAAAUCCUUAUUUUUUCAUCGGAAUGUCAACCACAAAGAGGAAGUUGACUUUAGCUGGCAUGGUGUGGCGAACAUUUGGAUUCCCCAUGUUAACAAACUAUUCAGUGCUUGCACUGAAGUUGGUGCUUGUGACCAGCUUGGAUCAGUGAACAGUUUUUGAGGUAUUUUUCGUUUCCAUAAGUUCAUACAAGGCAAUUGGAAUUGUAUUGAACAAAAGUACAAAUUCUAUAAGAAUACUUGCUUAGAUAUUAUUCCAUUCACUUCAGCAACAGCAGCGGGGCUCCUUUUGAGAGGGUGCACUAACAGCUACUCUAGUCAUGACCGCUUAGUUUGUCAUGGCUAAAUUGGUGCUGCGCUUUUAGCGCUGCACGUAAAUGGUUCUUUGGCCGUGCAAUGCAGGGUGUAUUGAUGGGCUGCAUUUAUUCAUACCAGCUAUUAUUCAGUGCCGUGUAUGUAUUUUGUCUCCAAAGAAUGUACUGAAUGUUAUAUAGCAUGUCUUCGCAUUAGUUCCCGAUUGUAGUGGGCUUCCUUUCUUUUAAAUGCAGGAACUCAUUUGAUUGUAAAGACAGCUCAUUCUACAGCAAUACCUUGUCCUGUUUGGCAGGCCGGGGAAGAGGAAAAUGUGUAUGGAAAACAAGUCCUAUUAUCCAGAAAAACAUGCUCGUGUGUAGUGUACCCUAUGAUAUCUUUGUUGUUUCUUGUAGUAGUUGUUUCUCUGCAAGAGUUCAAGUUUGUAAGAAGUGUUGCUGCAUUGACACCAAAGCUUAUUUUCUGUGCGUUAUCUUUAUGGUAGUUUAGUCUGCCAAUAUGGCAUUUCUGUGAGACAUUUCCACUCAACCUUAGUGAGGCAAGUUCAUUGAAACAUAAUUCCUCUCGUGAGUCGCCUUGAGCAUUAACUUGCUUCUGUUCUCAUUUUGUGUGUGCCAUUUAAACUUCACAACCUGCCUUUCUUUUUCAUUCUUUUUCUUUUGUUACAUUUGAUUCAUCAAUCGCCGUGUCAUUGGGUUGUUUUUGUACAGAAGUUGAUAUGCUUUGUGUAAUGCGUGUGCUGUUGUUUGUCUCGUGAAAUACGGGGUGGUCAUAAAUAUAUCAAAGUGAAAAAAUAAA